UUUUUCGAUGUUGAUUACACUCCCCUGAGCUAGGUAGGGCCUCGUUGCUUGCCUCUGAUGGGAGUUUAGAUUGCAUUAUAAUAAUACGUUACCUCAUCCCUUUUUCAGUCUUCUAGGUCUAUAUUACUUUCUUAAACCAUGGCAGACGACGAAUUAGAAGCAAUUAGACGGCAAAGAAUGGCGGAACUACAGGCAAAACACGGGGAUUCUUCAAAUAACCAGCAAGGAGAGGAGGCCAAACAAAGAGAAACAGACAUGAGGAACUCUAUAUUAGCUCAAGUUCUCGACCAGUCUGCCCGUGCCAGAUUGAGCAAUCUUGCUUUGGUGAAGCCGGAGAAGGCCAAUGCAGUUGAAAACUAUCUCAUUCAAAUGGCUCGUUUUGGAAAGUUAGGAGGAAAGAUUUCGGAGUCAGGCUUGAUCGAGAUUCUAGAAAAGGUCAGUCAGCAAACGGAUAAGAAGACAACUGUCAAAUUCAACAGACAGAAGGUGAUGGACUCAGAUGAUGAAGAUGAUUACUAACUUUAAACGGGAGCCCUGGAAUGAGCCAAGAAAUCUGGAGAAGAUAUAAUUUACUGGGACUGUCAUAGCAUCUUUGACUAGCUGAAUCCUGGGAUGCUACACUAGCUUCCGUGUGUCUCUGGAAACUACAUACCAAGAGGGAAGAACAACAAAGUAAAGUUGAUACUGUGGCAUAAGUGGUGGGGGUGGAACACACACAGUGUCAAUUAAAGCGUUCUUUUGCGCUCUCUUUUUAAUCAAGUUGCUGCAAAUUUGCACUGCUUGUGUUGUACCCCUGACAGCUCAUGGCCCUGUUUGACUCCUCCAGUCCUCUCAGAGUUACUUUUUUUCCCCUUUAUUUUCACCAGGGUUGAUUUCUGUUCUUCAAUCACAAGAAGCUAGAUAAAAUGCGAAAUGUACUUCUGCAUUUUAUUUAGACUCUUCUGUGAAUACAAUACAUUCAGGGACAGCAUUCCAUUAGCUUUGGAUGGUGUACUUGGGUAUUUUUCUUUUUGCUGAAACAUGUAUCUUAAAGGUUUACAUAAACAUUUCAAAAAGCCUUAAAUGUUUGUUUUUCUAGUGAACCAUUUCUAAAAUGAUCAAUAAUAUGAAUGAGUGUUUUGAAAACCUUUUUGAAAAGGUUUCCAUUUUGGGUUUUUACAUGACUUAUGUUCCAUUGGGUCAAGGCACACAAUUAUCACGGUUGUGGCUAUGCUCAACGCAAGAACAGUAAACCUUUGCAGCAGCAUCACAUAGUAUCCUCACCGCCAUAGAAAAAUAGUUGACUUACUGUUUCUUUAUGGAUGAUUGACUCUUUGCUGAAUCAACAAUUUCAAAUUUUGAGUUAACAGAUUCCCAAAUGUAUCCAACUACUUUUAAAAUAAAAAGCAUGAAGGAGAAA